AGUAGUAGAGCCGGGGUCCAGGUGCCCCGCAGCCUCAGGCAUGUCCUGUGUGCCUGUCGUUAGCCUGGGUGCGCAUUCCAUGCUGUCUCUACCCGUCUGAGCAGCUCUUGGUCUGGGGCCUACUGAGUCCCAUGGGUCUGAGACUGGGUCUCUCACUGUGGAUCUCCGGGGGGCGGGGGGCAGAGCGAUAAGACAGGUGGCAAGGACCUUGGUGGGUGAGGUUUGCUGUCUGUGGGUCUGUGGGGUCUCCGUGCUUGGCUGUACUACUGGACGGUAGUAGUUAGGACCUGAGGGUCAGGCCUGUCUGGACUCAGCGUUCCCUGGGUGCCAGGCUUUUUUUCCCUUUUGCUAGUGCUUACGAGGCUGCAUCAGUGCUUCUCGCUCCUGUCCAAGGACAAUCCGCCAGAGCUGGAGGAGAGUGGGGAGGAAGAGAGUGUUUCUGAUAAGCCGCUUUGUGACUUGGGAGCCUCAAGUACAAGUCGGGUGGAGGGAGGGCCUGCAGAGCAGUAGCCCUGAAAACCACGCCUAGGCAAGCUGGUCCUUGCCGAUGCCGCGCUGUUUAUGUACCGUGUGGCUUCCUGCCUGGCCCAGCGCGAUGCACACGCUUGUGUUCCUGAGCACACGGCAGGUGCUCCAGUGCCAGCCAGCUGCCUGCCAGGCCCUGCCCCUGCUGCCUCGAGAGCUCUUCCCCCUGCUGUUCAAGGUGGCCUUCAUGGACAAGAAGACUGUUGUGCUUCGCGAGCUGGUGCACACGUGGCCCUUCCCGCUGCUCAGCUUCCAGCAGCUGUUGCAGGAAUGUGCCCACUGCAGCCGAGCCUUGCUGCAGGAACGCCCCAGCACAGAGAGCAUGCAGGCUGUGAUCCUGGGGCUGACGGCCCGGCUCCACACCCCAGAGACGGAGGCUGGCACACAGCCUCUCUGCAGGAAGCAUGCCCUGCGAGUGCUGGACAUGACGGGCCUCCUGGACGACGGUGUGGAGCAGGACCCUGGUACCAUGAGCAUGUGGGACUGCACAGCAGCGGUGGCCCGCACCUGCAUCGCGCAGCAGCAGGGCGGGACUGUGGAGCCUGGGCAGGCCCCCCUUCCUGUGGAGGUUCGUGUGGACCUGCGGGUGAACAGGGCCUCAUAUGCAUUCCUGCGGGAGGCGCUCCGAAGCAGCGUAGGCAGUCCCCUGCGGCUCUGCUGCCGGGACCUGCGGGCUGAGGACCUGCCCAUGCGCAACACCGUGGCUUUGCUGCAGCUGCUGGACGCGGGCUGCCUGCGCCGUGUGGACCUGCGCUUUAACAACCUGGGUCUCCGUGGCCUGUCCGUCAUCAUCCCCCACGUGGCCCGCUUCCAGCACCUGGCCAGCCUGCGCCUGCACUAUGUGCACGGGGACUCCAGGCAGCCCUCUGUGGACGGCGAGGACAACUUCCGUUACUUCUUGGCCCAGAUGGGCCGCUUCACUUGUCUGCGGGAGCUCAGCAUGGGCUCCUCUCUCCUCUCGGGACGGCUGGACCAGCUGCUCAGCACCCUGCAGAGCCCCCUGGAGAGCCUGGAGCUGGCCUUCUGUGCUCUGCUGCCUGAGGAUCUGCGCUUUCUGGCACGGAGCCCACAUGCCGUCCAUCUCAAGAAGCUGGACCUUAGUGGCAACGACCUGUCCGGCGGCCAACUCGAGCCUUUUCAGGGCUUACUGCAGGCGGCUGCGGCCACGCUGCUGCACCUGGAGCUGACCGAGUGCCAGCUUGCGGACCCCCAGCUGCUGUCCACGCUCCCUGUGCUGACGCGCUGCGCCAGCCUCCGCUACCUCGGCCUCUACGGCAACCCGCUGUCCAUGGCGGGCCUCAAGGAGCUCCUCCGGGAUUCAGUGGUGCAGGCUGAGUUACGCACAGUGGUGCACCCCUUCCCUGUGGACUGCUACGAAGGCCUUCCCUGGCCGCCGCCGGCUUCUGUCCUGCUGGAGGCUUCCAUCAACGAAGAGAAGUUUGCUCGCGUCGAGGCCGAGUUGCACCAGCUGCUACUAGCCUCAGGCCGUGCGCACGUGCUUUGGACCACAGACAUUUAUGGGCGCCUGGCAGCAGACUACUUCAGCCUAUGACCUCCAGGCCGCACUGGGGUUCAGGGCUGCUGCAGACCCCUCCUUGCCUUAGGUAGACGGACCCUUCCCUGGCAACCUGCUGGAGGCCUGACACGAGGCCCUGGUCUCAGGUUUCUUUGCUCCUGGGCGCUGUGGGCCUUCUUUUGCUUUGGGCAGUGCCGUUUGGUUUGCCUUGAGCCCGUGCCCGUGACUGGCUGACUGUGGGCUUCAGGGCUGGAUUCCAGGCCUGCACGGCCAGAUUCGGUUUGGGUGUUCUCUCUAGGCCCUUCCCAAGAGCGGACUGCCCUGGGGCUGAAGCUGGAACACGGACCUGCUUCAAGGAGCGCUGGGUCUCCCUGCCCUGGCACCCAGGAGACCACCUGGCAGGGCUUUGGAGCCAGAAGGUGUCGUUAAGGUACAACGUGCAGUGUGUUUGGAACUCGAA